AUGUCGAUGGCUGAAGUUGUAGAUGAUAAGAACAGUCUCCGGGUUGUGGGAGGCACCAAUUCCAGUGCCUUUCAGUUUCCCUACCAAGUAGCUAUAUUCCUCCAUAAGCAUCUGGAUCGUGGGUACUCGUUCUGUGGCGGGUCGGUAAUAUCACCAAAUUAUGUUCUUACUGCCGCCCAAUGUUUUCGGAAACACACCAUAAGCACAAUCAACCUGCUAUUUGGCGCGAGAAAUGUCAGUAAUUGGGAACCGGGCCAUUACUGGAUAACUUUAAGGGGAUCCGCCGCAAUUGUACACGAAGAUUACGACCUGGAAACUCGAAACAACGAUAUUGCCCUUAUUAAAUUAGACGAGGAACUCCAAUUCGACGAGGCGAUUCAGCCGGUUCGGUUGCCAGAAAACGACAAUGACGAUUAUGUUGGCAAAACUGGCACUAUAGCAGGUUGGGGUCACUACAAGGAAGACGAAUUCGGAAUUUCCCCCUGGAUGAAUUUCGUUAAUGUCACCGUCAUGUCAAACGAGGAGUGCAAAACUUAUGACUAUGAUUUUGACCAACUGGUAACAUCCAAUAAUCUGUGUUCUUCGGGUGAAGGAGUGCUAUCCCUGUGCGAAGGCGACUACGGUGGCCCUUUGGUUAUCGAUGGAGUGCAAGUUGGUAUCAUGUCCUGGUAUUGGGACGAACAGGGAACCUGCUUCUUGUCAAUGCCCAGCGUGUACGCGAACGUGGCCGCAUAUAGAUCUUGGAUUAAAGAGCAUUCGGGUAUCUAAAAAAUCUUCUAAAAAUUAAAAAAUAUAUUUUUUUGUAUUUUAUGUCAUGUUAGUUUUCCUUCAGAGAAACCAAGAAAAUUAACAAAAAUUUGGAAUUUUAAACUAAACCUCCUAUAUAUUGAACAAGAACGGAUCCUAUGCAAAUUCUCAAGUACCUUUCAUUAAAAUCUGCCUACUGUAAACGUAUACAUUUUUUUUAUUUAAAACAAGUUAAUCACGGUUUUCAAAUGCUGGUGAAUUCUAAAUAAUAAGCAUAUUAGUAGUUAAAAUUGUUGGUCCAUUGUUAUAUUUAAAACAAAAAUUAUUUAAAACAAAAAUUACUAUUACCCAAUUAUUCGAGAGAUGUUUUCCGUAGACAAACGUAUAAUAUAUAACACUUUUAUUAAUUUCCUUAGACACUCAUUUACUAAUAUAUACAAUUUGGUUUAAAUAGUGCAGGAUAUACGAAUCUAUAAUAAAAUAUGGUGCUUCCGAGUCUGAAAGUCUACCAACCUCCCUUAUAAUAAAAUUCGUUAAAAGAUGCAGCUUAGACAAACUUUGAUUUUAAUUUAAUCUGUCGACACAACCGCAGUCAUUCCCUUAAUUCGAAUGUAGACUAAUUGUGAGUUAUGAUACGUUGAAACGUUUUAUGACUGGGUGUCAAAGUUAAGAAUGUAGGACCCUCGCUGACAAUCGAUUGAGUAAUGGGCUCCCUUGGCAGACGUAUUUAAUGAGAAAAAUGAGUCGAUUCAAUCAGUCUUAAUUUAAACCUUGUCUGCGAAAGGGUAUUUUACCCACUAUGACCGGGCAUAUACAGGGUAGCUCGUUACGGCGGAAUCCACUGUGUAACUCCAUAAGCUUGUUUUAUUGACAAAUUUUGAAUGCAAAAUCGGUUUGUACGAAAGAGCUGCUUGAAAAAAAAAUUUCUAACAGAACCAACCAACCAAACUUUGAUAUUUUAAGUGGUACAAAUGUGUAUUAACUCAACAUACCACAACAACAAAAAUAAGGGUAACAUUAGCAAAUAAGUCAAAUGGCUUUUAAUUCGAUCCUUUAAGCGACGAAUUUACAAAUGUUGUUGAGACUUGGA